AUGAAGCACCAUUCAAAAGAAAGUGCUAAAAAGUAUAAGUCCUUAUCCCUCAUUCAUGCUGCUGUGACAGAAACAAUUUUCACAAGUAUUAUGGCUUGUGAAACUGGCAAGGAAACAUGGGAUAGGUUGAAAGAUGAGUUCCAGGGGAGUGAAAAAACCAAGCAUAUGCAAGUUUUGAACUUGAAAAGAGAAUAUGAGCUGUUGAAAAUGAAGGAAAAUGAGUCUGUAAAAGAGUAUGCUGAUAGACUCAUGAAAACGAUAAAUCAAAUCAGGUUGCUUGGGGAAGAUCUAUCAGAGAAGAGGGUGAUUGAAAAGAGAAAGGCUUACAGACUUGAGGAUUCAAGUGAAAGUGCAUUAUUCGCUAGUCAAAAAGGCAAAUUUCAGUCAAGUGGAAGAGGGAAAAAGCCUGCUGAUGAUAGAAAGGAAAAUGAGAAGGGAGAUUAUCAAAGCAUUGAAGCCAAAAGUAGAAAAUGGAAGAAUCAGUCAUGUUCACAUUGUAACAAAAGGGACAUGCUGAACAUUACACUGGUAUAG